GUGUAAGCUGCAGUUUCUAUUUCUUCCCCGAUCUGGUGGCAGACAGUUUCUUCCUGUCUCACGAAACAUGUUGUGUUGUGCUGGUGAUAAUGAGAGAUGGAAGAGGCUGUCUGAGUACACACCGGGGUCCACCCGGAAACUCCAAGGACAUGAAUACAGUCGAGUUUGUGUGCAGCUCUUUGGGAUGACAGGACACGGCAAAUCAUCCCUUAUUAACUCUUGUUUGUGCGUGGCCAAAGACAUUGAGUAUCGCAAUGUGGCUAAUUCCGGCAUGUCUAAUAAACCCAUCACAAUGAUGAGAAAUGAGUUCAAAAUAAAUAAUGCUGUGUAUAUUUAUGAUAACCGGGGAAUCAGUAAGCUAACAGAAGAGGAAUUAUUUGAGAUUUCGGCUCAGUUCUGUCAGCUACGUACAACGGGCGAAGUGAAUUGGGAUGAUAGAUAUCGGAUAAAUAAUGAAGUACUUAGAAAAAUCCUACAAAUCCAACCAGAGAUUAUAGUGCCAGUUUUUGUUUACAGUGCUGGAUGCCCCCUUACACAGACAAUUGAACAACUAGACCCAUUUUUUAGAGAGGCCUACAAUAUGACAGAUCUCUUUCCCAUUAUUGUUCUCACUAAAUGCAAACAAAUUAAUACCGAAGAACUAGAAUACAAGUUUAGGCAACUUGGAGUAAACCACGUAGUUCGUAUCGAGAAUUACACCACUACGAACAACCAACGCAACCCAGAGAUAGACACAAACAUCCUGAAAUUCCUGAACCUCUGUUUGGAUGAGGCAGAUCAAGGAAUCAAUCUGAAAUUGGAGAAAAAAUACCAUCAAGAAUUGUUGUACAAGAUCGUGAGGCUGAAUACGUUGAUAACAGAGGCAAAGGAAAGGAAGCUAAAGCAACUACAAGAGGAAGAGAGUAGUAAUCAAAGCAGCUGCAUAAUCAUUUAAUACAAUUAUAUUAAAGAGAACAUUUCAAACACAUAAAGCACUUCAGCUCGCUGAAGAAUGUGUCCUCUUUUUGUUACUUUAAAUAAUUAUUGACAAAAAAAA